AUGAACGGCAGCAUGGAGCAGUCACCGCCGCAAAAUUUGAUGCGCGGUCUGCCUCAUGCGCCAGUAGACCCGGGCUCAUUGCCGCCGGAAUACUGGGAGUCACUGUAUGCGAAUCCGGAACCCCCACAUCAACAUGCGCAUCCUCCACAACAACAGCUACAGCAAUCGCAACAACCACAGCAGCCACAGCCAUUGGGGAUCGGCUGGGAUCAUCCAGUAUUCGGUCAAACACCUCAGCAACGCAGUUCUUUGCCACUUCAACAGGAACAUGGCCAUGGCCUGUAUCCCUCAUCCACUCCUCAAUCUUGGCGACCCAACCCUCUACAUCCUCAGCAGAUCAUGCCGUCGAACCCACAAGGAUUCACAAUGCCUGUACAAUAUCGUCAAUUGCCCCAGUAUUCACAGGGACAGGUGUCUUUCGAGUCGCAGCCGCUCAAUGCGUCCGAUAACCCGUCUUAUCAACCUUAUACGUUUCCUCGAAACUACUACUCCGCUCAACACAUCUCGGUGCCCGACACCUUCUCACAAACGCCAACACCCCAAGCUUCUCAGCCUCAGCCGACUCAAUCAGCUCCUUAUCAGUCCAAUACGUCUCAAACUCCCAUCGUUCCAUACACCCUACCCGCAGGGUUCUCAGAGGAGACUUCGCAUGGUCAGAUGCAGUACACAAACGAGUUUCCUGAUUCGGCGCCAACUGUACAUGAGCAUCAAACUAUCAACCCUCAGUUUCUCAACACCGCUCAACAAGCCAACAACCAGCAUGCCCCCCUUAAUAAUUUCAUCUACGUUAAUCCCCCAGGUUUCGAACGUCAGGAUAACCAGAGGGCAUUCGACUACUUCCGGAACGACCUACAAAUGCCGUCAAUCCUGAACCGACCUACUGCUAAUAACCCGAAUCUCCCAAAUUCACAGACUCCAGGCGUUGAGGUAGUCAUACCUAUGAACCGCCAACAACCGAUCCUACCAAACCCUUCGACGAAAUCAGGAAAGAAACAGACCACGUCGAAAAAGGUAACCAAAAAGUCUGCGGCUAAGGCGUCGACAAAGAAGCCCGAUGGGAAGCUCGCUUCUUCUGGAUCCGAGACCGAUACCUCUGACUCGGAACUAGAGAUUGAACUGCCAGAAGAGCCAUUUCCCAUUGACCCUGUUCGUCCCAGUGACCCAGAAGCUGCCGCGCAGUAUGAUGCCCUUCGAGCCGUGUGGUCGCCGCGUAAUAGGCGGCCCCAUGCUGACAAAGUCAAAGGCGCACUGGUUGCGUUUAAAGACGUUGUCAAAGCCGUAAGGGAUACGUGGAAAGAGAAGUCACAAGCGAUGAAAAUGGCGGAAAACAAGGGCGAAAACGAUAAAGCAGCCCAGAUCAAGAAGGAUGUUGUCCUCCAGCGGCGCCUGAUGGACGUGGUUGUUAGCACCACUCUGGAUCAGGGCCACCCCACGAUCGUCGAAAAGCUAGGAGAGCAUCCCAUGGCGGUGGCUGCCAUGUAUUCGUUCCUUCUCGAUCGGCAUCAGGCCUCUGACAUCGAUGGGGCAUUCACCCUAAACCUGCUCAAGCUACUUGCUCGAUUUGUUACCAUGGAUGAAGAUGUGCUCCAAAAAACGAAUGUUGCUAAACUACUGCCUCGGUUCGUGAAAAAGGGCGGACAAGUAGCUAAAAGCCUUGCUCAGAAGAUCUUGGACAAUGCUGCCACUUCCACUAAGAGAAAGCAAGAGGCUAAUAAAGCAGCGCCGAAAGAGGCAUCUCCCGCCAUGAACACUGUCUCCAAUGUUGCAUUGGCUGACGGUCCGCGUGCGGAGCUGGCUGGAUCCAAAAGGCCUCGAGAUGCUGAGGCCAAUGGCCAACCAGCCACGAAGCGGAUGGUUGUUACGUCAAAUCUAAAGAGUACCCAGAAGCCAACCAACGGCCCUGUGACUGGCCCCGCCAAGCGCCCCCAGGAAACAGGCCAAGAGGCCAAACCAGCAGUGGCAGCUGCUUCACGUCCAAAGGCUAAUAUUAUUGCUCCCAAACCGACUAACCUAUUCGGAAGUCUGUCGUCGGCUUCGAAGAGGCCAGGAACCUCAAACGCAGAGAGAGCAGCCGCGGCCGCGGCCGCAGCAAAGUCCAGCACACCGACUGAAAAGAAAGAGUCUCAACCCGCACCUCCCAGGCCGACCUUCUCUUUUGGCGACAUCAUGGCCGAUCUCAAUAAGCAAAAAGAAGCACCUCCGUCUGAGCCAGCCGAGAACAAGCCUCCAGAGACGGAAGAAGAACGAAAGAAGCGACUCCGCAAAGAAGCGAGGCGAAGGCUCCGAGUCACGUGGAAGCCGGAUGACUCUCUUACUGAAGUUCGUUUGUUCACGCAUGAUCCUGACGAGGAGCUGGGACCAGGGGAUCAUGCGCAGCACGAGGCUGGUGAUGUCAAGGGUGAAGGCAGUGUGCUUAAACUUCACAGAGACCUGGACGAGUUCGACGAGGAAGAGGAUGGUGGCGUCCGCGAAGAAAGCUUGCGUGAUUAUUAUGAGCCAUCGGAAAUUGAUUUUGCGGACAUCACUCCUGAGGAUCGUUCCAGGAACAACAUCAAACGCGCCGGCACCCAGCAGCCGAUCAGUGCUGAGAAGGAAGCACAGGAGCACCGCGAAGCGACGACGCUUAUGGUUUUCUAUACCUCCGCUGCAGAUGUGCCACCUUCGCCAAAGGAACCUCCCCCGCCCAGUGAAGACGGGUCAACAGCAGAAGCAGUUGCUCUUGGAGAGCUUCCGGAUCACGUCAAGGUUCGACAGGAGCGGUAUUUUUCCGCUAUUAAUCCUCAAACAACUCCAGCUCAACCUCAGCCAACAGCAGCAGUCAACCCCCCUCCUCCCCCACCUCCGCCUGUGACUCAAGCACCGAUGUCGGAUCUGGAGCGAACCAUCAGUAUGUUCCGUCAGCAACAGGCGCCACAACCUGCAGCCCAACAACUGCAGGUGCCUCAGUUCCCUGCCGCUACUCAGGCUCCUGCAACACAGGGCCUCGACUUCCAGAAAAUCCUGGCUGUCCUCAAUGCUCAGAAGCAGAUGCAGCAGCCACCACCACCACCACCUGUCAUGCCCCCUGUUCAACCGUCGCAGCCGGCUAUUGCGCCAAACCUAGCUGCGUUCAUAUCACAGUUUACUGGGGGCAACCAACAAUCUGGACCGAACCCAUCUCAAAUGCCUGGCCAAUUCGACGACCCAGAGCGCAAGCGUAUGCGUGAGGGUCCGGGCUUCGAUGGUUCUGAGGAUGACAGAUAUGGUUAUUUCAAACGGAACAAACCGAACGGACCCAAUAAGAGUCAUCCCAAGGUUGGAUUGGUCCCUUGUCGUUACUGGCCCGAAGGGAAAUGCAGAAAAGGCAACGACUGCACCUUCCGUCACGAUCCACUUAACUAA